GCCCCCUAUAAAUUCCGAACCAAUUCUUUGCCAGAAUCUCCUCAAACGAUCUCCACCAUUGAUCCUAGCAUCAGUGACCUUCCGUUCUCAUUCUGUGAAUCUGCCGCUCACUUUUCAGGUGUAGGGAGAGAAAUCAUGGCAGGAAGCAUUGGAGAGGAGUCCAACGGUGCGGCGGCGGGGAUGUUGGCGAAGGACUUCGAUCCAACGGCUGUGGCGAUCUCCGAGCCUCUGCCGCCGGUUGUGGCCGAGAAUGGGAAGUUGUUCGGAGGUGCAGGAUGUGAGCAGAAGCGAGAAAGGGAGAUUGUGUUAGGGAAGAACGUGCACACCACUUGCCUCGAGGUCACGGAGCCGGAGGCCAACGAUGACUUCACUGGAGAUAAGGAGGCUUACAUGGCUGGCGUUCUGGCUCGGUACAAGAAGAAUCUUAUGGAACGGACCAAGCACCAUUUAGGUUAUCCUUAUAAUUUGGACUUCGAUUAUGGUGCUCUGGGACAAUUGCAGUGCUUCUCCAUCAAUAAUCUUGGUGACCCCUUUAUUGAGAGCAAUUAUGGUGUCCAUUCUAGACAAUUUGAGGUUGGCGUAUUAGAUUGGUUUGCCCGUCUAUGGGAAAUUGAGAAAGAUGACUACUGGGGUUAUAUUACAAAUUGCGGUACAGAGGGGAAUCUUCAUGGGAUUUUAGUGGGGAGGGAAGUGUUUCCAGAUGGAAUUCUCUAUGCAUCACGAGACUCGCAUUAUUCUGUCUUUAAGGCAGCACGCAUGUAUAGAAUGGAGUGUGUGAAGGUUGACACUCUUGUCUCUGGGGAGAUUGAUUGUGCUGAUUUCCGGAUUAAACUUCUUGAUAACAAGGACAAACCAGCCAUCCUCAAUGUCAACAUAGGCACUACAGUGAAAGGGGCUGUUGAUGACCUUGAUCUCGUUAUACAAACCCUUGAAGAAUGUGGCUUUAAUCAUGAUCGUUUCUACAUUCAUUGUGAUGGCGCUUUGUUUGGACUUAUGAUGCCUUUUGUGAAACGUGCACCAAAGGUUACAUUUAAGAAGCCAAUUGGAAGUGUCAGUGUUUCUGGCCACAAGUUCGUGGGAUGUCCAAUGCCUUGUGGUGUUCAGAUAACAAGAAUGGAGCACAUUAAUGUCCUAUCAAGAAAUGUCGAGUACCUAGCUUCAAGGGAUGCCACUAUCAUGGGAAGUCGAAAUGGUCAUGCUCCUAUCUUCCUCUGGUACACCCUCAACAGGAAGGGUUACAAAGGGUUUCAGAAAGAAGUUCAGAAGUGUCUUAGAAAUGCUCACUACUUGAAGGACCGUCUACGCGAUGCUGGGAUUAGCGCAAUGUUGAACGAGCUCAGUAGCACAGUUGUCUUUGAAAGGCCCGCAGAUGAGGAGUUUGUUCGUAGGUGGCAGCUAGCUUGCCAAGGAAACAUCGCACAUGCUGUGGUGAUGCCCAAUGUUACCAUUGAGAAGCUGGAUGAGUUUUUGAAUGAGUUGAUUGAAAAUCGCCCCGCUUGGUAUCAGGACGGGAAAGCCCAGCCUCCUUGUCUCGCAGAAGAUGUAGGAAGUGAGAAUUGUGCUUGUCCCUCGCACAAGUCGUAAAUUUUCAUUGGCGAAUCAUUUCAUUGUGUCUUAUUUGUUCGGUAGAAUCUAAGAUUUGGUCCGAGGAUUUUCUUGUUUCUGCAUCAUUCUGCUGCGUGCAAAAACGUUCAGGCAUGUGUAUGCUCAGUCACUUAUGUAUUCUUGGUCACCUGCUAUAUAUCCUCAGAGAAGAUUUCUAA